ACGGCCGCCGUUCGUGGCUGUGGGCGUGGCCCCGAGCUGCCCUCUGGCUCCUCACCAUGGGCAGCAAGAUGGCGGCCGCUACCAGGGCGGUGCAGGUAGUCAAGCCACAUACUCCAUUAAUAAAGUUCCCAGACAGAAAAAGUGGUCCCAGACCUAAAAUACAGGAAUCUCUACAAGCAAGUAUGCCAUCUCUCCUUGCUUCAAAAGCACAGGAAUCUGUAGGAGGCAUAUCACCGACCUUUCAAAAUAUUUCACCUGUUAGUAGAGUACAAGGCACACCAGACACUUCUGAAUUAACAAGAACUUUACCUCAGAAAUACAGAAGGAAACAAAUGUCAGAUGAAGAGAUUGAAUAUAUUCAACGUGGAGGUCCAGAAUAAAUGUAGAAGAUAGUUUCUUGGCCACUGUUGAAGAAUGAGGUAUUAUAUUCACAAUAAAGGCGUUAAAUUAAAA